AUGUUAAAAACUGAAAAAAUUAUUCCGGCAGUUGAUUUAUCUGAGCAAAUAUCUUUGGCUGGUUUGGAAGCAUCCGGUACAGGUAAUAUGAAAAUGAUGCUUAAUGGAGCAUUAACUAUUGGUACCUUGGAUGGUGCCAAUGUUGAAAUGGAUGAAGAAGUUGGACGUGAUAAUAUAUUUAUAUUUGGUAUGACAGUUCAAGAUGUUGAUGCAUUAAACGAAAAAGGAUAUAACUCAAAAGAAUUUUAUGAACGUGAACCAGAAUUAAAACGAGCAUUAGAUCAAAUAAGAGACGGAUAUUUUUCACCAGAAGAUCCAAAUCUAUUUUCUGAUAUUAUUAAAAGUUUACUUGAUUCAAAUGAUCGUUAUAUGUUACUUGCAGAUUAUGCUGAAUAUAUUAAAGCACAUGAACGUGUUGAGCAAUUAUUUAAAAAUCCAAUCGAGUGGACGAAAAAAGCUAUAUUAAACAUAGCUGCAUCAGGCAAAUUUUCAUCUGAUAGAACCAUUGCUCAAUAUGCUAAAGAAAUUUGGGGUGUUACACCGUCAGAUAAAAAGUUACCUGCACCAGAAGAAGGCCGACCAGGAACAAAAGAUGAAGGAGAAAAACUCGAAUCAACACAAAACCAUGUUCGACGACAAGAUUAUUAA